AUGAAUGCGAUGAUGCGGACUAAUCUGCAUCCAACCUCAACCCCGCCCGAGGACCAGCAACCACCUCGGAAGAAAAUCCGAAAGGGGACCCGGAGUUGUUGGGAAUGUAAGCAUCGCAAGGUUCGCUGUCUUUUCGUUUCUGAUGGCGACCAAAGUUGUCGCGAAUGCCUGGCAAGGGGGACUCCCUGUCGCAGUCAGGACUUACCAGAGCCCGAAAAUACUCGUGAAUCUGAUCGUGUGUCACUGAGUGAUCGACUUGGCCGCGUAGAAUCUCUGCUUGAGAGGGUUUUACGACGGCUGGACACCAUUGGUGCUGUUGAGGAGGCACGCGCGUUACCCUCCAUGGCAACCGAUAAUGAUGAUGGCUUAACCUGUAGUGCAGCCGCCACGCCUACAAAUGAAAAUGCCCCAGCCAUGUCGCUAUUUGACAAUGGAGUACGAAGCGGGAAUGAGACACCGAAUCCAUCCCACAUGGAUCUUCUUUGUCGUAUAGCUGGAUCCAUUAUCGAACGAAACCAAAGGUUUAGCACAAUUACGCCUUCAAUGGUUCGAACGACACAAACCAUCGAUGCGGAGCUGAUGUCGAUUGGCCCUCUAUCGGUGGUUGAGGACCCAACUAUCUUACCGCCGGGAAAGUCUAUCGAGCGAGCCCAGGGCUACACCAAACUCAUGACACAGCUAUGGCAUUAUCAACUCAUCGCUUGGCUCCAUCUGCCACUUCUUUUGGGAUCUGGCACCGAGAGACGCUAUGACUACAGUAGACAAAGCUGUCUAGAAGCAUCCCGGCAUAUGAUUAUAUGCUAUACAUCUCUGCGUCGACUCACUGCGAAUAGCUUUUGUUGCAAAUCGCUGGACUUCCAGGCCUUUACUGCCGCUGUCACUCUUCUAAUAAAUAUCAUUGGCCCGACCGGUCGGUCUCAUCUCGACUCCAAUGACUGGCCAGCUAUCGAAAUUGUAAUGACAAGCCUGGAGACAUUGGCAGAGGGACAACCACCCGACAAGGUAGCAACUCGAAGUAUUAGCGUUCUGCAGACUUUGAAAAGGGUUGCGACGAGGAACAAGACAACCAGAUCUGAUACUUUCGAUGGACUUUCCCCCAUGGACGGCCAGCCCGGGCGCAUCAAACUUGACAUUCCAUACUUUGGUACCAUUUCCCUCGACUGUAGCACUCGCAGUGAUCUUCCAGAGCAGCACCAACUUAAUAACGGUCCGCCAAAUCCUAGUAGUACAGACCUGGCUGCCAAUAAUGCACUACCAUCGAACGUGGGAAAUACUACGGAGGCAAGCACAAUGCAUGAUCAGGCCACGGAUGCGGGGUCUUGGCCAGAAGCUCGCCUGGAACUUGGCCCUGCCGAUAUAUGGUCCUUUGACCCGGAUUUAACAGCAUUGUCCUCUUUCUUGCCAGACUUGGAAAAUAGCUGGGACUUGGGGCUUUGA